CCAAAAUCGUUUCUUCUCCCCUUGCCCCCUCGUCUUCUUCCCCAACCCAAACUUUCUUCCCGAACCCCCGAGCCCGAAUUCCUCCUCCCCCUUCGCUCCUUGCUCCCCGCUACAAUGUUGCGAAGGAUCUUUGACAGCGGACAUGAGCAAGAGGUGUACCAUGUUCUUACUCUUUUAUGGGAGCAUCUACGGGAACCUACAGCCGCUGUAGAGUCGCGGGCGCCAGCGAGGCCGAGGCGGCAGCGGGAGGUACUGGUUCCCGGAAUAGAAUUCUGGGAACUAGUAUUUCCACCUGUUAUUGCUGUUACAGUAGAAGAAAUCGCUCAGUUCGGUGGCCGAGACUGGGAAAUUUACGAAGCUCUUGCAAGAAGUCUCACUGCCGGCACGGAUCGGCGAUUGGAGGUGGCGGUCGUGGUUGCCCUCGCCGCUCUAUCUUUAUUUUUCGCAAUGCUCUCCCUCAAGAGCAGAAGGCAAAGGCGCCGUGUGGGUGGCGGCGGGCAUGGGGAUGACGGUGGUGGCGGUGGGGGAAGAAGAGCCGGGGCGGCGGCGGCGGCGGAUUCUCUGUCGUCCCCGACUCAUGCGACGAGUAGGAGACUUCUCUCCGCACGAGAUGCGGUGAUGGCCCUAAGCCCGACGUUCUCGACCACCGGCGGCGGCGAGGGACCCGGGACCAACGACCACCUUCUUGACGGCGCUGGCCUGGUUCUCCUCGCCUCAAGAGGGAGGUCUGUCAACAACUCGAAUUGGCAUGGUGGAGACACGAAGGUUCAGGAGACGGUUUCCUUCAGCAAGGAUGUAGUCAAGAUGGACAAAUCAACCAUAGUUCAAAGCCCUGGUGUUCAAAGAGCAAGAAAGGUGGAGAGUUCUGCAGAAGUAGAGAAGAUGGAUAACUCAAGAGGGAGGUCUGUCAAAGACUCGAAUUGGAAUGGUGGAUAUAUGAAGGUUCAGGAGACGGUUUCCUUCAGCAAGGAAGUAGUCAAGAUGGACAAAUCAACCAUAGUUCAAAGCCCUGGUGUUCAAAGAGCAAGAAAGAUGGAGAGUGCUGCAGAAGCAGAGAAGAUCAAAUCGUCUCCGGAAGACAGCAACUUGAGUCGUCCUUGAGCCAGGCAUAAUGCAUGUUGUUGAUGUCAGAUGCUGGCUCUUCACGUCAUGGAGUUGUGGGAGACAACACCUAGUUGUAUCCCAAGCAAUGCUAGCUUUAUUACUGCAGCUAUAACAUGUUUGUGUAAAAAAGACUUGCAGGAUGUGUGGUUUUCCGGAAAACCUGUGGAAUCUGCAUGUAACUUUUGAUGCUUUUGUAAUCAUUAGCCACGUUUAACGGCUAAACAGAUUUUGGUGGUUCUAUUGGACAAAUUAGUUUCCCACUGUAUUCAGGUUACCUGAGUAUGUAUGCAGUUAGCCCACAAAUUCUAAGGCUAAUCAUGUGAUUUGCCAAAUGUUCCAAACAUUUGGGGCAAUGGCCGUUGGAUACCAACUAAACUGAUCUUCUUGCUGUACCACCCAUCUUCUUCGGUUAAAUUCAGUUUUCUGGAGAAAGUGGAUUAUUUUGCUGCCAGAUUACAAGUAACCACAGGCAAGGUUCUUUUGAAGAUAAGAGCAAGGACAUUGUAGAAAUGGAAACAGAGGAAGCCUAUGGGAUGGUACUGAAUGCAGUGGUGAAAUGGGUGGAGAAAAACAUGAACCCUAAAACUUCAAGGGUGUUUUUCGUCACUAUGUCACCUACUCAUACCACGUAAGCUUUGAUAUGCAAAACAUUAAUAUAUCUUUAUAUCAAGAAUUCAGUUAAAUUUACCUGCAAAACAAAUUCUGAUCUGCUAAUCCUAUCCUAAGUUGCAUGAGGCUGAUGGAUAUCAGAAGUUCUUAGUCAUGUUUCUGUACUCCCAGUCGCCGGCCCUGUGUGAUGCCUCACGGCCCUUACCCAGUGGCAGCAGCGUCCCUUGUUUGGCUAUGAAUCCAACGACUUCUGACAAAGCAUAAAGAACGAGUCUAGUUGUGAUUUUGCUCUCAAAACGAUGAUGGUCAACUGGAAAUCAGUCCUUCCAUGAUUGUUGAGGAUAGCUUCAGUACACCCAAAAAGAAAUACAUCGGCAGGCCCUUUGUGGGAGCUUCAGUUCACAAUUUCUUUCAAUGUGAACGAUCACCAGAUGCCAAUGGUUUGUACCCUAAAUUAUGUCUUUGCAACGUGGAGGACAGAAUUAUUUGUACUCCAAUAAGAUAUCAGUUGUUUGUAUCCUUCUAAUGUUCUGUGGCAGAAUUAUAUCCCCAGAAUGAUGUCUUUGCAAUGUUGAAAUGCUUCGGGUUUGUCUUUUGAGUCCUUCCGGAGUUGUAUUCUGAACAUAUGAACAGGAUUGUCUAUUUCUUGUU